CGUAGUUGGUGAUGUUCCGGGAGUGCUAGUAGUAGCCGUUCUAGUAGCAGUGGUAGUAGCCGUUCGGGUCAGACAUUUGAUUUGGUACACAGAGAUUCGUAUAUAAAGAACAAGUAGACUAAAAGAAGUGAGUCAGUAAUUCCGAGUUGAAAGACAUAAUUAAAUCAGUUAACUAUCAGUAAAAUAUGGAAAAAUUGCGAAUCCUCGAAUUUCUUUUUCUCUUUUAUAUUUUCCACAAGUUUGCGAAUCUCGAUGCUGCAAGUAUCAACCCAUUCCAAAAGACAAACGACGUGUGUGAAACUAUUGCAUGUAAAAGUGCUGCUUUCACAAUCAAAGAGAGUAUGGACCCCAAUGUAUCUCCGUGCGAUAAUUUCUACAAAUUUGCCUGUGGUAAUUAUUUAAAAAAGGCAAAAAUUCCGAAAGGUAAUUCGCAUGUUGACAGAUAUGUUGCUCUCGAGAUAGAAGUUGAGAAACAAGUGAAAGAGUGCAUUGAAGAGCCAAUUAAAUUCAAUGAACCCAGAUGGAUCAGACUAACGAAAAACUUUUACCAGGCUUGCAUGAAUACGAGUGCUAUUGAAAAAAAUAGUCUCCGAACAGAAUUGGGUAAAUUAAAGAAAGCAGGCGGCUGGCCUGUACUGGAAAGAAAGUGGGAUGAGGAAAGUUUCAAUUGGAAACGGUCGACAUAUGCUCUGCAGGAAAUGGGAUAUUAUGCAUGGUACUUCUUUGAUUUCAAAGUUUCCAUUGAUGCUUCCAACAGCGCAAAACGUGUGUUAACUAUUGACCAACCACCUUUUUCUGUUGACCGCGAAACGUUAUUAAAAGGGUACGAGGACCCGAUCGUCUAUGAUUACUAUAAAUUUAUGGUUGACAUUGCUGUUAUUUUUGGUGCCAAUAGAACUAUAGCUAAAACAGAAAUGAAGCGAACUCUUGAAUUUGAAAUUACUCUUGCCAAUAUCUCCACAAGCACCCAAGAAAGAGCCCAUGAAGUGAAUAACAGUAAAAAAAUGAAAGUAUGGGAGCUUGACUCAGAGUAUCCGAGUAUCCCCUGGCUAGCAUAUUUCAACGCGUUUCUCAAGCCUAUCAUGGUAAUCAAUGACGAAGAAGUCAUACAAGUGAACGCGCCAAAUUUUUUUGACAAAUUCGUAGACUUGAUGAACCGAACUCCAAAAAGAGUGCUCGCUAAUUUUCUCUUUUGGAAAGCAGCUGAGAAUAAUUUGAAUUAUUUAACUGAAGAUAUUAAAAACCGCAAAAUGAGGUUCGAAGCUGUGCUUGGCGGUCAAUCUAAAAGAGUAGAAAGAUCACAGGAAUGCCUCGAACUAUCUGAUGUUCUAGGAUUGAGUGCUGGUGCUCUAUAUGUCAGGAAGUACUUUAACCCAGAAUCGAAGAAAAGAGCACAAAAAUUGGCACUCCAUAUUGAACUAGAGUUCAAGAACAUUCUAAAAGAGGCUGAGUGGAUGGAUGAACAAAGAACCGCGAGUGCUUUAGCUAAACUUAAUUCUAUGAGAAUGUUUAUUGGAUACCCCCCUGAAAUUUUCGAUGACAAGUAUCUUGACGAUUACUACAGAUUGCUAGAAAUAACCCCCCAAAAUUACGUUGAAGCAGUAGCAAACUUGACCAUUUUCUCGACAGACCAUUCUUUCAAAACAUUGAGAAAGCCUGUGAACGACUCAGAUUGGACACUUCAUUUGGACACUAUUCGUGAAAAUAGUGGCGCUGUAUAUUCUCAAAAGGAAAAUAGCCUUGACUACCCUGCUGGACUUCUACGCGGAAUUUUCUUCGACACGAAAAGGCCUCAGUACCUGAACUAUGCCGGAAUUGCUGCGUUUGAUUUAGGACAUGAAAUUACUCGCGCUUUUGAUAAUGAUGGCAGGCAAUUUGAUAAAAACGGAAACUCUAAUGAUUGGUGGACUCCUCGUUCAAACAAACAAUUUAUUCAGAAAGCCGCUUGCUUUAUCGAGCAGUACGGCUAUUAUAUGGCUACAGAAGUCAACCUUAAAGUGAAUGGCAUAAAAACUCAAGAAUCAAACAUUGCAGACAAUGGAGGAGUAAAAGUGGCAUACCAAGCUUAUCAAAGUUUCGUCAGACAAAGAGGCACGGAGCCCAAAUUACCUGGGCUAAGCUAUAGCGGAACGCAGCUUUUUUGGAUUCAAGCAGCUAUCACACAAUGUACCAAAUUCACCCACGAGUUCUUAGAAAACUCAAUUUUGUCUAGUAAUAAUAGUCCACCAGAAUUCAGAGUCAUAGGUGCAUUUGCUAACAGGCCAGAAUUUUCAAGAGACUUCAAUUGUCCUAAGGGUUCCAUAAUGAAUCCAGUUGAUAAGUGUUAUUUAUGGUAAAACUGUAUAAAAGUUGUAAAAUGUUUCUAAAAAUAUUCUGAAAUUCAUGUCCGCUGUGACAUACAGAGGUUUUACUGCGAUUUUUUUUUAUUUAUUACAAAUAUCAAAAUAUUGAAGGUGAAUACUAGUACAGACAUUUAAUGAAGACAGGCGCAGCCGCUAAAAUGUAGGAUCGGUAGAGUAUUUUUUAGGAUUAUUUUGCAAAUACAAUUUAAUGUUAUUUAAUGUUAAGUAUGGUAAACCUUUUCUUGAAAAAAGUAUAUUACUUGAAAAUGAAUUCUUUACUGCAUUCUGUUAAAUAUGCUACCAAUAUAAAUAUUUAUAAACAAAAUUAUCCAUGGCAAUAUCUGAAAAUUUCUGUUGUGUUUUUUAUUUAUUAGCUUCCCUGUAAGAAGGAGAGCAUUAAAGUAGAUCAUAUGAUAUUGAAAAAAUGGAACAAUUUAAAGCCUUUGAAUCUAAACAAAUUCCGUUUUUGUCCAAAUGCGCUUCUUUGUAUUCCAAAGUUUUCGUUUGAAUCAUUUUUAAUCCACACAAAAAAUAUGACAUUAUAGUAGCUUCUUUUUAAUGCUAUUAAUUUAAUGCCAUUGAAUGCAGUUUAAUGACAGUAUCAGUUCAAUGUCAUGUAAUGCCUUUAGUAAUCGGAGGUAUAGAAUGGAACCAAUGCCGUUCAAUGUCUUUGAACUACCAAAUAAGUCGAAUGCCAUUUAAUGUUUUUCCGACCGAAUAUAUUGAAUACAAUUAAUGCAUUCGAAUGCCGUUAAAUGACCAUUCAGACAAAAACGGGAUUUGUUUAAAUUUAUAGAGAUUAAACUGUACACUUUUUUUAAUGCUAUAUAAUCAACUUAAAUGCUCUCCUUUUUAGAGAGUUAGCAUUGAUAACCAGUAAUUGUGUAUACAAGCAAGCUUUUCAAAGAAUUGUAAUUUUACAUAAAACAUCGAAUUAAUAAGAGCUACAAUUUUUUUAAACUUUUGGGACUUAUAUUUGGAUCUAUCAGGUUUUUGUAAAUUGCCAACGUUUGGAGAACCCUGCGUCAUAAAAAAAUUUGUUUUUAGAACAUGUCCGUCCAGCUGGCAAUC